GUGUGUCUUCCGGGCACCCGCGGGAGCGAGGCAGAGGCGCGGGGCGGCCGCGGCGACCUCUGCACAGAGACGAGCUGCGUGCGGGCAGCUUUACACGGCACCGCGCGCGCGCACACGCCCCGCCGGCCAGGCGGGCAGACACGCGCUCGGCCGCCCCCCACGCCGCCGCCCCCGGCACCCCAGGGCUCCCGCGUCCGGAAAGUGAGCCUCGGCUCUCCCAAGCCUGGCGGCCCUGGCCGGCCUCCUGCGCGCCCCAUGCCGGCCCUCCUGCUCCUCGCGACCCUCCUGCUCCUGGCCUCCGCCCACCCGGCUGGGGCGCGCCCAGCCAACGCCACGACAGCUGAGGCCGCAGGCCCGCUGCCCGCCCUCCUGGCGCACCUGAGGCGCCUGACCGGGGCGCUGACGGGCGGCGGGGGCGCGGCGGGCUCCGGCGGCGCCAAUGGCUCGAGGGCCGGUGCCGGCGGCGGGGCGGGCGCGGCGGCCAGGGCGCCCCCGCCGGCCGAACUGUGCCACGGCUACUACGACGUCAUGGGCCAGUACGACGCCACCUUCAACUGCAGCACCGGCUCCUACCGCUUCUGCUGCGGCACGUGCCACUACCGCUUCUGCUGCGAGCACCGCCACAUGCGCCUGGCGCAGGCCUCCUGCUCCAACUACGACACGCCGCGCUGGGCGACCACGCCGCCACCGCUGGCCGGGGGCGCCGGGGGCGCUGGGGGUGUGGGCGGGGGGCCCGGGCCCGGCCAGGCCGGGUGGCUGGAAGGGGGCCGGGCGGGGGGAGCCGGGGGGCGGGGGGGCGAGGGCCCGGGGGGCAGCACGGCCUACGUGGUGUGCGGGGUCAUCAGCUUCGCCCUGGCAGUGGGCGUCGGCGCCAAAGUGGCCUUCAGCAAAGCGUCCCGUGCGCCCAGGGCGCAUAGGGAGAUCAACGUGCCCAGGUGUGUGAGCGCAGCUGACCGAGGGGCACUGGUGGACAUUCUGAGACAUCAGGCGGGACCUGGGAGCCGCCCGGACCGCACCCGGAGCAGUUCCCUAACCCCAGGGAUUGGGGGCCCUGACAGCAUGCCCCCUCGGACGCCCAAGAGCCUCUACAACACCGUGAAACCCUCCAAUCUCGAUAAUCUGCACAACUACCUGCACCUGAAUGUCAAUAGCCCCAAGCACCAUGCCGCCACACUGGACUGGCGGGCAGCCCCUCCACCCAGCCCCUCCUUGCACUACUCCACACUGUCGUGCUCCCGGUCCUUCCACAACCUCUCCCACCUGCCCCCGUCCUACGAGGCUGCUAUGAAAUCGGAACUCAACCGCUACUCUUCGCUCAAGAGGCUGGCCGAGAAGGACCUGGACGAGGCCUACCUGAAGCGGAGGCCCCUGGAGAUGGCCCGCGGGACGCUGCCCCUGCACGCACUGCGGCGGCCGGGCACCGGGGGCGGCUACCAGCUGGACGGCUGGGGCGGCCCUGAGGAGCUGGGCCUGGCGCCCGCGCCUCACCCGCGCCGGGUCAUGUCGCAAGAGCAUCUGCUGGGCGACUCAGCCCGGGCGCGCUGCGAGUUCACGCUGCCGCGCGCGCGACUCGUAUCCCAGGAGCACCUGCUGCUGUCAUCACCCGACGCGCUGCGCCAGAGCCGCGAGCACCUGCUGUCGCCACCGCGCAGCCCGGCGCUGCCCCCCGAGCCCGCGGGGCGCGCCGGCCUGGCCGCCUCGCACUCCAACCUGCUGCUGGGGCCCGGGGCCCCCCCCACGCCUCUGCACGGGCUGCACGCGCACCACCACCACGCGCUGCACGGCUCCCCGCAGCCUGCCUGGGUGGCAGAUGCGGGCGGGGGCACGCUGGCGCGCAGGCCACCCUUCCAGCGCCAGGGCACGCUGGAGCAGCUGCAGUUCAUCCCUGGCCACCACCUGCCGCAGCACCUGCGCACUGCCAGCAAGAACGAGGUGACGGUCUGAGCCCAGCUCAGCCGUCCCGCCUCCGGGGGCCCUGGGGCGCCACUGGCAGGGCACAGCUGCCUUUGAGGACUGAGGGUUGGGGGUCCUGGGCUCCACCCUUCGGGGCGUGGCCUUCCUUAGAUUCCCCCGCCUCGGCUCUGAUGCCUUCCCUAACAUGGCGUCAUCACAGAGGAAGCCCUGCCGGAAGCCACCUUUCAGUCCUGGCCAAGACACCCCACACACACAGUGUCCUAGCAGAGACCACGGCUUGAACUAUGACAUCACCCCAGUACAAAGACUCCUCCCUGUUGACAUCAGUGCAGAGACACCCCUCACUAGCGUGGGAGUCACCAGGAAAGUAAUUCCUUCAAUAAUGUCAUCGCUCCACGGACAAAGCCAUCUUCCUAGACAGCAGGCCUCCUCCCUCCGACUUCCUUCCGUGAUGCCAUCACCUGAGAAGGUGCCCUGCACCAUCAUCAGAGGGACUGUGCCAUCGCAGGGAUGACAGCCACACAUGGGUUAUGUUCGGGACACCUCUGGAGGAUGCUGGGGAACAGCCCCUGAGAAGGAGGGGCUCCCAGAGGCAGUGCCCACAAUAGGGCGCUAAAGAGUGUCCCCCAUCCCUUCUGGAAGGGUCUCCCCAGGGACUACACCGCUCCCAUACUGUGAUGUCAUCCCAAAAUACUGCCACUGUUGCAGAGCUUUCCCCGGUGACGGCUUCACCAGAGCAGUCACCUGCUCCCCACGUGACUUAAUUGGCAGUUCCUUGCCAUGACUGACUGCACUGGAUACUCCCUUUAAAGGGCAGAUGUUCCUUGAGUCCUGCCCUUUGCAGAGAUGUCACUUCCUGUGGGACUCUGGAAGGUCAGCAGCCCUGUUUGCUUCUGCCUCAAGAUUUUCACAAGCCUGGGACUCUAGGUGGCCCUCUGGCUGGCCUCACUUCUUCCUGCCAUAACUGCAGAGCUAGGCACCUCUGUCAACAAAGUCCUGGCCUCCUGCUGGGGAGGGACACAUGCAUCAAACUUGCUGAUGACAUCAUCAGUACCUCAAGACUUCCACCACUCAUGAUGGCAUGGUGUUUGGGGUCAAUGCAAGCCAUGCCUGAUGACAGCAUUUCCCUCUAACCUGUGUGUGUGUGUGUUGCAGGGGGGGGGGGGGUUUCAUCUCCCACAACCCAGCACAACUGUGGUCUCCUUCUCUUUCUUCAUAUUUUACCACCCCAUAUCUUGGCACCAUUUCUGAGGGAUCUCAGAGCCAAGGGGGUGACAUUCUUUCAUGACUUGCAACCAUGGUGGAUUCACUGUGGCUGAUGGGACACUCUACUAGGAUCUUCAAGGAUGGAUGCUAGCCCCAUUCCUCACAGUCCCACCAUCAUCACAAUUCACAAUCAUGGUGUCUUAUUGGGACCUAACUCCAACCAUGAUGUCUGUCAUCCCCUUCCUAGAUCCACUUCAUCCACAGCACCAUCACCUCCCAGAAUGCAUUCAACCAUGUCUGUCAUCACCUCCCUAAAUCCAAUUCAACCAGGGCAUCAUCACUUCCCUGGAUCCACUUUAACCACAGCAUCAUGCCUCCAGGAUGAUCACCUCCCAGGGUAAACUUCAACCACAGUGUCAUUACUUCUCAUGAUGCACUUUGACCACAGUGCCAUCACCUCCCAGGGUAUACUUCAUUCACAGUGUCAUCACCUCUGGAUCCAUUUCAACCAUGGCAUCAUAAGCUCUCUGGAUUAGCCCAUCCAUUUCAACUAUAUAUGCCACUAGGUUCCAUUCCAAGCCUGGAAUCAGCAUCAUUCCGAAGCCCUGGAACCCAAUGGUGGCCUCAUCUUCUAGGGUCCAUCAUCUGGGAGCCACCGUGCCAGGAUCCCCAUAACCAUAGCUGAUCACCGCCCAUGGCCCACAGCAGACUGCGUCCUCAUUCACCAGGACCCUGACGGGGAGACCCGCCCUCCAAUGUGUCCACUGUCAUCUGGGCUCACUCUGCACCACAGCUAUUCCCAGAAGGGCAGCCAGCACAAGGCUCCAUUUUCCUGGGGUCUCAAAAGCAGACUCAGGUGGGACGCCAUAAUAGCAUCAUCCCGGCUCUGGUCCUUGAUGUCACUGCCUCCAUCCGUACGCAGACAUCUGCAGUAGCUCCAACAGACUAGGACUGGGCGAGCACCCUGUCCCGCUCCUGAGGAGGGCAUCCAAGUUCCUCCUGACAACUCACUGCCCUCCUCCCACCAUGUGAUGGUGACAGGGUCAACGCAGAGACCUCCUUUGUCACUGGAAGUGCAUUCCAGCCCAUGAAUGAUGUCACUGCUCUAGUCCACUCCCUGUCACUUGGACUACCCCAUGGGAGCAGAGAGCCUGAGAGCUGACCAACUCCCUAGGGCUUCUGGAUGUCUUCUGCUCCCCUGCUUGGAGCACAGUGUCCCCCUGGAAAGCCACAGGAGAGUGCCACCCUGGGGACGGAGCAGUGUCUGCUCUUCCUGAUCUGUCCCCACCCCCUCCUCCAGGGGCUCCAGAUGCCCCAGUACCCCAUCCCCAUUGUACAUAGCCAUGUUAUGGGGGCGGCCAUUUCCCCCACUCUUAAAGGGCUACAUGCCCCCCUCUCCCAGCCCCCAAGGCGAGGUGGGGGGGGCUCUUCUUCCUCCUUGGGCCGUCCUCUCUAUCUCCCCUCCAAUCCUGGCACCUCUGCUGGGAGUCACCCCCCUGCCCAAGGACUGGGUCCCAGUGCCCCUUUUCCAGCUCCAUGCUUAGUUGUCCACGGGGCUCUAGGGUCCCCCUUUGCCCUCACUGCGACCCCAGACUGACUGACUUCCCUGGAGAGCAACAGGGAUGCCUGCCUGCCCGCCCUCAGUCUGCCCUCUGCUCCUGCUCCAUGGCACUCCCUGCUUCCUCCAGCCCACCAACUGGGGGGUGAGGCCUCUCAGCUUUUGUAUGCAUCCCCUCAACUUGCUCUCUUCCAGAUUGGACUCCAUGCACCUUGCCCUUUUCCCCUCUCACCCAGGCACUGGUUGCCUGACCCUGGGGCCUUGACCUCUGGUCACUAGUAAAGCCAUAGUGGGGAGGUCAGGGAGCUAGGCACGUCAGACCUCCGCAAUCUUUUGGAGCUGGGAUUCGCCAUCUGAGUCUCCCCCAUCCCCCCCAAAUGCACACAAGCAGGAGCUGUGGGGCCCAGCAGAGAGAAGACAAACAUCUCUGGACCAGAAGACCCUCCACCUCUUCUUUCCUGCCCCCUACUCCCCACCCCACCCUGGACUUCCCUCCAGUUCCUUAGCAAGGGCAGUGGCAAAGCUGCGACUUGGUUUUUUUUUUUUUGGUGUUUUUUUUUUUUUUUUUUGAAUAAACAUGUUUUCCUGA